UUACACAACCGGAAGGAGCUGCUUGCAAGUGUCAUUUAAGCGAAACGUUGGUGGAUCAACCUGGAAGUUCUGUAUUAGCCUACACUGCUCUGCGUCGAUCAGUGAAAUAUUUCAUGUAACUGGUGAAGCUGAUCAUAUUUCAAGCAUGUAACGGAAUAUUUUAAGACAGCGAUAUCGUAGCGAGCUGGAACGAUUAUUCCCAAUCAUCCUAUCUUUAACGGAGUGUGUGUGUGAGUGAUGCCUGUGGGGUCGAGUAGUGACUGUCCUCACCUCGAGUGUGUUGGUGAGAUCACCAAAGAGGAGCUCAUCCAGAAGUCUCAUGGCCAGUGCCAAGACUGCAAAGUUGGUGGACCGAACCUCUGGGCUUGCUUAGAGAAUGGCUGCGCCUAUGUGGGUUGCGGAGAGUCCCACGCUGACCACAGCACUGUCCACUCUCAGGACACGCGGCACAACCUGACGGUGAACCUGACCACGCUGAGAGUGUGGUGCUAUGCCUGUGGGAAGGAGGUCUUCCUGGAGCGCAAGCUGGGCCCCCGCUCCCCCCUGCCCAGCACCAAGCCCCUCUCCCCACUCCCUACACCCAGCCAGGAGAGCCGGGCGCCGGGGAGCCCCACCUCCCUGAGGGUGCAGCCUGCUGCGCCCUGUGAAGACCUGGACAUGGAGACGGAGGAGGAGGACGACAUCCGCGCCAGAGGUUUGACCGGGCUGAAGAACAUUGGGAACACCUGCUACAUGAAUGCAGCGCUGCAGGCCCUCUCCAACUGUCCUCCUCUGACCCAGUUUUUCCUGGACUGCGGGGGCCUCGUGAAAACAGACAAGAAGCCGGCACUCUGCAAGAGCUACCAGAAGCUGGUCCUAGACCUGUGGCACAAGAGCAGGCCUUCCUAUGUUGUACCCACAAAUCUGUUCCAGGGAAUCAAGUCAAUCAACCCUAUGUUCAGAGGAUACUCGCAACAGGACUCCCAGGAGUUCCUGCGCUGCUUGAUGGACCAGCUGCACGAGGAGCUGAAGGAGGCCAUCCUGGAGCCGGACGAGCACGGCUCGGUGGUGGCCAUGGACGAGGGCAUGGCCGAGGACUGCAGCGACAGCCGCAGCCAGUCCGACAACGACUUCCAGUCCUGCGAGUCGUGCGGCAGCAGCGAGCGCGCCGACAGCGACGCGGCAGGAGACGCGGUCGCCAGCAUGGUCACGGGCACGGGCGGGGUCGAAGGGCACGGCCCGGCCGACGAGUCCAACGAGGCGGAGCUGCUGAUCCCGGACGAGGCGCAGGCCAACCGGCACUGGCAGAAGGAGAAGAACCUGAUCAACGACCUUUACCGCGCCGGCUCCCACACCGACCUGGACAAGGACGUGGACACGGCCAGCGAACCCACGGCCAUCAUCAGCAGCCAGGGGGCCAUCAAGAGCCGCAACGCAGACCCCUGUCCUGAGUCGCAGGUCAGCAGCAGCAGCAGCAGCCACAACAUGAUCUCCCGGCUGCAGAGCCCCACGGUCACAGACCCCAUGCUCCCCAAGGUCUCCUGCAGCCCCCCCAAAUCGGCCGCCAUGUGGCCCAGCCUCGCCACCGCUCACAAGAAAGUGCCCUUGUUUGCGCCGCCCAAGAGUAAACGCCAGCGGAAGUACCGCAGUGUGAUCUCGGACGUCUUUGACGGCACGAUCGUCAGCUCGGUCCAGUGUCUGACCUGCGACAGGGUGUCCGUCACCCUGGAGAACUUCCAGGACAUCUCGCUGCCCAUCCCGGGGAAGGAGGACCUGGCCAAGCUGCACUCGUCCUCUCACCAGACGUCGCUGGUGAAGGUGGGCUCCUGUGGCGAGGCCUACGCCCCUCAGGGAUGGAUCUCCUUCGUCAUGGAGUACAUCAAGAGUUGGUUCUGGGGACCUGUAGUGACACUACAGGACUGCCUGGCUGCAUUCUUUGCUAGAGAUGAACUGAAGGGAGACAACAUGUACAGCUGUGAAAAAUGCAAAAAGUUGCGGAAUGGGGUCAAGUUCUGCAAAGUGCAGAAUCUGCCGGAGAUCUUGUGCAUUCACCUGAAGCGCUUCCGGCACGAGCUGAUGUUCUCCACCAAGAUCUCCACCCACGUCUCCUUCCCACUGGAGGGCCUGGACCUACAGCCCUUCCUGGCCAAAGACGGCUCCGCCCAGACCAGCAGCUACGACCUGCUGUCCGUCAUCUGCCACCACGGCACCGCCAGCAGUGGCCAUUACAUUGCCUACUGUCGGAACGAUGUCAACAACCUGUGGUACGAGUUUGACGACCAAAGCGUCACAGAAGUCUCGGAAUCUUGCGUCCAGAAUGCGGAGGCCUAUGUGUUAUUCUACAAGAAGAGUAACGAGGAGGCCCUGAAGGAGCGGCGGCGGGUCAACAGCCUGGUCAACAUGAUGGAGCCCAGCCUCCUGCAGUUCUACGUGUCGCGCCAGUGGCUCAACAAGUUCCGCACGUUUGCCGAGCCAGGACCCAUCUCCAACAAUGACUUCCUUUGCACUCAUGGCGGUGUGCCGCCUCACAAGGCCUCUUGCAUAGACGACCUAGUGGUGAUGCUGCCCCAAAACGUCUGGGACCAUCUCUACAGCAGGUAUGGAGGAGGGCCUGCUGUCAACCACUUGUACGCCUGCCACACUUGUCAGAUGGAGAUCGAGAAGCUGGAGAAGAGGCGCAAGACUGAGCUGGACAUGUUUGUCCGGCUGAAUAAGGCAUUCCAGGAGGAGAAGUCUGCUGUGGUCAUUUACUGCAUCAGCAUGCAGUGGUUCAGAGAGUGGGAGAGCUUUGUCAAAGGCAAAGACAGCGAACCUCCUGGGCCAAUUGACAACUCUAAAAUUGCAGUGAACAAGAAUGGCCACAUCACACUCAAACAAGGCGCUGACUCCGGUCAGAUCUCCGAGGAGACGUGGAACUUCCUCCAUUCCAUUCACAGCGGGGGGCCCGUAGUGACCAUGCGUUCCAGUGUGGGCCACCAGGAGACGGACACCUCCCAGGCGGAGGAGAAAAUCGAGGUGGAAACGCGCACUGUCUAGCCCCACACCCUCCAGGCCCCUCCUCCACAUGGUCAUUCCCCGGCAGAUGGCACGGCACCUGCCCUCCUACUGAGGAAGCAAAGGAAACAAAAAAAAAUCAAACUCUUUAUUUUCUUUUUUUCCCCCUUGCACUUGACUUUUAUUUGUGUGUCCAAAGCGAAGUCUGCUUGUUUGAUCCACCCCAUGCUAUCACAAAUCCUCUUUCUUGACUGAUCUACUCGGGAUGGUGAAGAAACACUGCGACAGAUCAGAGAUGCACAUUGUGUCCUUGUAUAUAAGCCCCACCCCACCCCCCAUCAGCACUGGUGAAUACUCAAACAGUCACACUGUCUGGUUGUGUAUGGAGAAAAAAAAAAUGAAGCAUUCAAUUUUCUUGUGUGCAGCUGAAGACUUGAUUGAUUUGCAACAGUUUCAUUCUUUCCAUGACCAAAUUGCGCAAACAUUUUUUGCGCAAACUUUUGUGUUCUUGUGUAAUCAAAUACAGUGAAGAAUUACAAUGCAUCUGUAGAUAAUGGUCCAGGUACUCCUUCCAUACUCCAAGUGUUGUUGUAGUGAGUGAACAAAGGAAGCAAGCUCUUACUUGCAGUUCUGGUGAGUAAAAUCAAAAAGGUUUAAGGGAUACUAAGUACUUAUGAAGUAGUCUCAGGAAAGAUUUUUUUUUUUUUUUUUGCACUGUACUGUAGACUCAAUGCCGCAUGCUAUCACUAAUGUCUGAUCUGUAUUUGAAUGUACCUGUACUUAAAGUAAGUUCAUGCGCUAAAUGUUAUUUAUCCCAGAAGGGUGUGAUUUAAUAUAAUGUUUAUAAACUUUUUUUGUAGAAAAUGUUAAAAUGUUUGGCAAGCCAAAUUCGAUAAGCAUGCAUGCUUAACAGGAAGAUGUGAACACAUGGUCUCACUAGAAGAUAUGACCAAGCCAUCUGAAAUUUACAGAUGUCAUAAGUUGCAUGCACAUGCAAGAUUUGCUUAACAUGUACAGAGCACACACAUUUGCACCUCAUCUGAAAUAUAUGUACAUAUUCGUAUGGACCUAUGAAAACCUAUUCCAUUGGCUAACUCAAGUUAAAGCAUAAAUGUUGAAGGGCACGAUUUUUCAAUGUUCUGACUGGAAAGAUGAUUUUUAGAAUGUCACUUACUUGUACUAGGGAAGAAUGCAAAUGCAAGUUUCUCAAAUGAUGGUUUUGUCUGUCCUGUUUAUAUUUUUCUUGGCUGGAUUACAUUAAAUGCAAAGAAAUGGACCAUGUGUAUGGAGUUCAGGCCAAA